UUUCAAUGGCCAAUAAUUUAUUGGCUGCCGCAAUUGACACAAGAAUUUUCCAUGAAAACACUCAAAAGGAUCCUGCUUUAUAUAGAAGAUUAGUUCCUGCUAAAAAGGGUAAGAGAACUUUUACCAAAUCCAUGUUAAGAAGAUUGGGAAAAUUAGGAAUUAAUAAAACCGAACCAAACGAUUUAACUCCAGAAGAAGUCUCGAAGUUUGUUAGAUUAGACAUUGACCCUGAUUCAAUCACUUGGAGAAGAGUAGUCGAUUGCAAUGAUAGAUUUCUUAGAGGUAUCACAAUUGGUGAAGCUCCAACAGAAAGAGGUAUGACAAGAAAAACUGGAUUUGAUAUCUCUGUUGCUUCUGAGUGUAUGGCCAUUUUAGCUUUGGCUAACUCUCUUUCGGACUUGAGAGAAAGAUUAGGUAGAAUUGUGGUUGCUUCUUCAAAAGCUGGUGUUCCAAUUACUUGUGAGGAUAUUGGUGCUGCUGGUGCAUUGACUGCCUUAUUAGUUGAUGCCAUCAAACCAACCAUUAUGCAAACUUUAGAAGGUACUCCUGUUUUAAUUCACGCUGGUCCUUUUGCAAACAUCUCAAUUGGUGCCAAUUCAGUUUUAGCAGAUAAAAUUGCCUUGAAAUUAGCUGGUACUGAUCCAAAUUUAUCUGAUGAAGAAACUAAAUCAAAUCAAGGUUAUGUUAUCACCGAAGCCGGUUUCGAUUUCACAAUGGGUGGUGAGAGAUUUAUCAACAUUAAAUGUAGAUCUUCCGGUUUGGUUCCUGAUGUAGUUGUUAUUGUUGCAACUGUUAGAGCCUUAAAAGUUCAUGGCGGCGGUCCUGAAGUUAAAGCUGGCGCCCCAUUAGCUGCUGCAUACACUCAAGAAAAUAUUGAAUUAUUAGAAAAAGGUUGUGCUAAUUUAGCCAAACAUAUCUUUAAUGCAAAAGAAUAUGGUUUACCUGUUGUUGUCGCCAUUAACAAAAUGACUUCUGAUACUGACAAAGAACAUGAAGUUAUUCGUGAAGCCUCAAUCAAAGCUGGCGCCAUCGAUGCUAUUGUCUCAAACCAUUGGCAAGAAGGUGGUAAAGGUGCUGUCGACUUAGCUCGUGGUAUUAUUGAAGCUUCUAAUUUACCAAAAAAUUUCAAAUUUCUUUACCCAACUGAAUCAACUAUCGAUGAAAAAAUUUCAACUAUUGCUAAAGUUAUGUAUGGUGCCAAAGAUGUUGAAUUCUUACCAGAAGCUCAAAAGAAAAUCGAUCUUUACACUAAACAAGGUUUUGGUAAUUUACCAAUUUGUAUUGCUAAGACUCAAUAUUCUUUGUCUCAUGAUGCUGCUUUAAAAGGUGUUCCAACUGGUUUUACUUUCCCAAUUAGAGAUGUUAGAGCGAGUAUUGGUGCUGGUUACCUUUAUGCCUUGGCUGCUGAGAUUCAAACAAUUCCUGGUCUACCAACUCAUUGUGGUUUCAUGAACGUUGAAGUCAAUGACGAUGGUGAAAUUGAAGGUUUAUUUUAAAUAUUCAAUAUUUAAUAUUUUUUUUUCACAUACUUUAGAAUUGUUUAAUUUGAUUAUCUUGAAUUCAACACAACAGAUAUCAAUAUUAUAAAUUUUUUUUAACUGUCAACUUUUUUUAUAAUUUUUUUUUUCUUCUUUAAUUGUGAUGUG